ACUCGAUCCGAGUUGAACAUCCUAUAAAUAAUCUGGGCGAUCUUAGUAGUAGCUCCUCUUUCAAACCCUAAAUUAUUUUCUCGAAUAAAAACCCUAGCCUCCCUUUCCACCUCUCUGCCUAGCCGUCUCUCUUAACCAAUAUGACGGGAGAACCAGUGAAUCCCAAAGCAUACCCACUAGCAGAUGCUCAGUUAACGACCACGAUUUUGGAUCUUGUUCAACAAGCUGCCAACUACAAGCAGCUCAAAAAGGGAGCUAAUGAAGCUACUAAGACCCUGAACCGAGGUAUCUCGGAGUUCGUUGUGAUGGCUGCGGAUACUGAGCCCCUUGAGAUUCUGCUGCAUCUUCCUUUGCUUGCUGAGGACAAGAAUGUCCCCUAUGUAUUUGUUCCUUCAAAGCAAGCACUCGGCCGAGCAUGUGGGGUCACAAGACCUGUAAUUGCAUGCUCUGUCACAACAAACGAAGGAAGCCAAUUGAAAUCCCAAAUACAACAGCUCAAGGAUGCAAUUGAGAAGCUCUUAAUCUAAAAUAUCAUGAACCCUAUUCGGUGUGAUGGGCCUCUUGGACUGUGGUGGUAGCUCCUUUAGAGGCUUGGACUGAUGAAGUUGUGCCACUAUCCAAUCAGUCUUAGUAUUUGACCUUAAAUGUGAUUGUUCUUGUGUUUGUCUUGUUCUGUUUUCUUAUGAAUUGAGAAAAAGGAUAAUCUUUGAAUUGAUGUUUAACAGAACUUAGUAUGAAUGAUGCUAUUAUUAAUUAAUAUGUUCCGUUUGUCCUGUUUCAGUGUCA